CAGUUGCUUUUCUUAGUCGUUGUAUAAGUUGUAACAGAAAAGUACAGUUGUGUCUUUUGUCAAUUCCUACUUAUAAAGCCUCCUAAACUGUUCUUUCGCGUGAUAAAUAAUGAAAAAUAUUGUUUCGUAUUCUUUCCAAAAGUUCAAAUUAAAGUAAAACACCAGGAUCGGCUGAAUCAACUUUUAAGGAUGUAUAGAAAGUACAUUUUUAGGUGAAGCUGUUGCAUCAUGUUGUCUGAUUGGUCUACAACAGUUGCUGUAAUGUUAAAAAAAAAAAAAAAAAAAAGAAAGAUCAGGCUUUAAAAUAAAGAACAUUGUCGAAACCAGUGUAAAGUGUAAUCAGAUAAAGUGAGGUGCAAGUGGAGUUCCAAGUUGAGGUAUAGGCAUGCACUGAAAACUAGGUGUGGGAGAUUUGUUUAUCUUGGCCUUGAGGGAUCCUAAGCAGAGGUAAUUUAAGACCUAUAGUGCUUCUCUCAUCUAUGGAGCUUAUGACAAUGAAAACUAUUGUGUUUUUUCCGUCACCGUCUCAGCAGCAAAUGACUGCUUGACAGCAUGACGCUCUGACACUUGGUUUCAUUUAUGGCAGUCAAUGACAGUCUGUGUGCAGUUCAUAAUGUUCUUCUAUAGAUCCACUGCUUGUUGAUUAACCUGACAGAGAUAACAGGACCACCUCGGGACCUCUUAGCGGUCUCCCCCUCUCUGUUUGUCCGCUGCCUCUCCUAGACUUUGGACUGGAAGUGAGCUCCAAAUCCAAACUUUUCUGAAAACUCUGCAGCACUUCAGUGAUCAAACGUUGGCAGAUGUUUUAUUUUUCAGCUCCAUGGCUUCAAGUUUACCUCUUGUACCCUCUGGAAGGGAGUAGCUCCCGUGUGAGGUGGAAUGUCAAACCGUGACUCGAUGGGGUUUGGGGAACUGAUUCCCCAGGAUGUGGUUGAUAUUUUUGCCCAGGAGAAGCACAGCAAAAGGGGCCGGAAGAAGCGCAGUCACUCCCUGGGCCGGGCCUUGGGCUGGCUGAAGGGCAAGAAGAGGAAGGAUCUUGGCGCUAAGGGGCAGCUGGGUCUAGGUCCUGCACUUGACUUGGCCUUGGAUGGACACCUUGCUGGUCAUCAGGGAGGACACAAGGGAGGACACAAGGGAGGACACAAGUCAGGGAGGCAGGCUCAUCCCCAAGGUAACGGCCAUGCUGUCCCAAAGCGAGAUGAUGAUGACAAGACCCCGGCACCCCCGUUGCUCCAGGAGAACGUGUUCAUCGAGGCCAGCAGGCCCAAGUACCUGGAGAACCUUCACACAGAGGCCCUGGAAGGAUUGAAAAUGAUGCAGCAGGAAGAAACCAAUAAUGGAAUGGAUUACCAGGAUAAUGAAAGCACAAUUUCGGCAAUGAUGGUCCACACAGACGGGGAAGGUGGAGGCUUUAUGACAGACAGUACCAUUGCUGACACAUCUUCUAUCGUCUCUGUACAAUCAUCUGUGUCCACAAGAUCUUCCCGCUCUGGUCUCACCAGGCAAGAAUCAACAUUCAGGCCCUUGAACUCUGGGAAAAAGUCAGAAAAGGCCAAGACGAGGAGAAAACACAGGAGGACUGUUGUGGGUAUCCCACAGCAUGUUCAGAGAGAACUGGGGCUGGACAGAGUGGGUUGGACACUGAUUCAGAGGUUAGAUGAGGAACAGCUUUAUAAUGGUGAAACUGACAACAGCCCAACCACUGAUGGGCCACAGCAGGCAACAGAGUCACAAAGAGGAGCCAGCUCCGGCCUUCAGAACAUGAACGUCAUCCAGCCCCUCAACAAAAACCAUCUCAAGCAGCUUGGUGCCACCCAUGCUGGUCAUAGGGAUGACCUGGCCCUGCUGCACCGACUGGGCCCUGACUUAUCAGGUGAGCAGAGGCCUCGAUCCCUGGCUGUUCCCUGGAUGACCACUGCCAACAGCCUUGAGCAGGAGCAGCCCAGCCCUGUCAUGUCCAUGUCACCCCAGGCCCCCUACAUGUCCAAAAUCAUUCCCAAUGCUGUGCUGCCACCCUCCAUCGAUGUGGUGGAAAUCAGCCGUGGACGGAGUCGCAACAGCGUCCGCACCGUCAGCAAGAGCAGCCUGCUGCUGUCCAGCCCGGCCCCCUCCCGUGCUUCCUCUAGAGCCUCUUCCUACAGAACCACUUCCUCCAGAGCUUCCUCCAGAGCCUCCACCUCUGCCUCCCACUACAACCCUCCUAAUAUGUCCGACAGCUCUUGUUGGAGCAACUCUGAGUCCUCAGAGACCUUGGUAUCUGACUCCUCGACCAUCUCCAGCAGCAGCACCCCGAGACAGAAGAGGUCACAAGACGGAGAUGCCUCUGCUAAAGAGGACAAAAUCAGUGUUCACUCCUCCAUCAGCAAGGCUUCAAAAUGCACCUCCAAUGGCAAGUUUGUUAUUAAGGGAGACGAGGUUAAGAAAGAGGGGCCGUUUGUGCGUAGCCUCUCUGUCAUGAAGCCCAAGAGGGCUCCUCCUCCUCCAAGCCGCUCCUAUUCCCUUCACAAUAAGAUGAAGCGACGGUCACGUGAUCUGGCAGAGGUUAGGGUCAUUUCAGGGGAAUCUUCUCUCCAUAGCAUCUUAGCAUCAGGUGAGGAAAAUGAAAAAAACAAAUCAGGAUCUUCUCCCAUACCCUCCAGAAUCAUAGACAGCCCUGGAUACAAUGCUGACACCAGUUCUCUGGAUGACUCUACAGGUUCUGUGUCAUUCAGUCCCAUCGUAUCCCAGCUGCAGGCACUAAAGGCAGAGGAAACUGUUUCCAAAGAUGCUUCACAAGAGAAGCAGGAACCACUUCAGGAGAAUAAGCUAAGCAAAAUAGUCUCCCCGUCCAGUGGCUACUCCAGCCAAGAUGGCACAUCUGCACAGCUUUCUAAACAGCCCCACAGCUCAUCUCCAAGGCACAAGAGAGGCAUCUCAGCAAUGUUUCAAAGAUUUUUUCCUGGGUCCACUCAUGGUGCUUCAACACAGUCAGAGGCUCCUGAAAACACAAAAACCAAAGAGGAUCUCAAGCUCAACACCUCAGUCGAUAUUGCCAGUGUCAGCCCCUCUGUAAGGACCUUGAGAAAACUCUUCAACAUCCCUCCACCACCUAAAGUCCAUGCACCUCCACCCCCUCCUCCAGAGGUAUGGGCUCACAACAAGCGUACCUUUGAGUUGCUGCUGGGACCACCGGCACCUGAUAACAUUUACGCCAUCAUAAAGAAGAAUCCAAAGGACAGGAGACAACAGAGACAGCCUCCUAAUGCAUCUACAGAGGGCUCUGUGAAGAGCUUGGUGAUAGAAAUAAAACAAAAGAAUCCGAUUAUAACAGUAGAGUCCUAUAAUGGAUCCCUACAUGUGCUUGAGACAAAGAAAGUUCAAGAAAGUGUGAUUUUGAAUGCAGAGAUUCACAAAGAGGACAAUGAGAGAGUGGCUGAUGUUGAUAUGAAAGGAAAGAGCAAAGAGACAGAAGUUGAGAAAGUAAGAGUAAGUGACAUAUUAAAUGGGAUGUUAGUGAAGGCUGUAGAGAAACGUGAAGUAAGGCUGGCAGCAGUGAGAGAAGAAGAAGCCAAAAAGACAUCCACACAAGCUACAGAGGUAAAGACUAAUAUGGACAUGUUACCUGCCAUUUCAUUGGUACGCAUUCCUCCAUCUCCCUCUCCUCCUUCAGUACAUCAUCCUCCACAACCCCCCACCAAACAGACCACAGAGGUUGCUUCUGUCCCAUCACUAAAAGUUGUUGUAUCCCCUGAGUCGUCCUGGCCCCCACCACCUUCACCAAUGGGGCUCGGUGGGCCUGAUGAGACUGAUUUCCCUCUUCCGCCUCCCCCAAUGUUUGGUGAGGAGAGUUUAGUUAUACCUGUUCAGGUGGCACCAGAAAGGUCCACUCCUGGUGGUGACUCCUCUUGUACAACUACAUCUGUCAUAUCAGUGAUGAAAACAGAAUGUGUUAGGGUGACCACAGAGGCUGAACCACAGAAGCCCAGUACAUCCCAGGGGAUCGUACCUCCACCCCUGAGUAUCCCACCUCCCCCACCAUAUAUGGCUCCCCCUCCACCACUUGAAGCAGUCUCUCCUCCUACGACUAAAAAAUUCUCCCCUCUACCGACACUUAAAGAGGUUUCUCCUCCACCACCACCACCUAAAGAAGUUUCUCCUGUGAGGCCCAAAGAGUCCCCUCCUACUGUGGUUCAAGAAGUCCCCACUACACUUUUUAAAGAUGUCUCCCCCACACUGGUUACAGUGAUAUCUCCUUCACCAGUUAAAGCGGUCUCCCGUCCAUUGGUUAUCGAGGUCUCCCCUCUGCUUCCUAAAGAAGUCUCCACUAUGUCCACUGAAGAGGUUUCUCCUCCAUCUUCUCAAGAGAAUGCCCGUCAGUCUUCUGAAGAGACAACACCUGUUAGCAAGCUCACUCCACCACAAAGUAUUACACCUCCACCACCCCUACCGUCACAAUCCCAGUCGUCAGAGCAGGAGAUUGAUUUUCCACAAGAGAACAUCCCAUCCGAAUCUAAUAGCAACCCAGUUUCAUCUAACAGUAUUCUCACUCCCCCUCAGAGUAUUCCACCUCUGCAUCCCAAACAGCUUCUCCACCAACCUCAGGUUGUACCCCCGAACACUGAUGGUCCUACAACCCAGGAGGCCUCCCCUUCACCACCAUCUGAAGUCUCUAUCCCACCAGCUCUUGAAAACUCUCCUUCACCAGAAAAGGCUCAAGAACCUGCUCCUUCUCCACCUGGAAACAUUCCUUUACCUCCACCUUUACCUGUGCAGGGUCUUGCCAGCAUUAAGCACCAGCCUAAUCCUGCAAGCACAGAAAACCAAACCUCGGAGCUGACAUCUGUCACUGUUGUACAGAAGGAACUCUCUCCCAUUGUCACCCCCUCCCUUCUGCAGAUGGUCAAGCUGCGGUCCGUCAAUAGUAACCCUGAGCCUCCUAAAGCUCAGGAGCAACCAGAGGCUGAGGUCACGAUGAGGAAUCAGCAGCCCAGUAAUCAGGUCCAAACCUCAUCUGCCAGUGGUGAGGCUCCUCAGAAGCCCAUCAGAAGGUCUUUGAUCUUGACUGCUCCCAUGUCUCCCACAUACACCUCUGAACCUGCCAUAGUUACUUCACAACCAGCUCUGCCCAAGUCCCAGUCUCUUGUGGUUCCACCUGCAUCUUCAUCCACAGUCCUCUCCCCUACGAAAAAGUCUCCUCCUGCCAUGACCACCUCUCCUUCCAUGAACCUACAAGAGGCCAUCCGCCUGAGGACAGCAGCCAGAUCAAAAGAUGGCCCUGCAUCUCGCCUCAGCUUGCACUCACCAACAUCACCAAUAGACCUCCAUAAGUCCCCCUCCAGCACAGCAAGCUUUAUCUUCUCCAAGAGCAACAAGAAGGUGGUGAUUGAGACCAAGCCGGCGCCGGAGACCAUGUCAACUAUACAAAAGAACCUGGAGGUUUCCUCUGUAACGAAGGUGGUGAGUGAAGCAGAGUCGGUGCAGAAGGGAGUCAAGGUGCCACCACCUGUUGCAAAGAAACCCAAAACGAAAGGCAAAGAGAAUGAGACCAGUGAAGGAACAGAGCAAACUGCAGGACAGGAAGCACUGCAAGAGGAUAUCAGGGAUGCUACAGAGAAAACAAAUGGGACAGCAGGUACUGUUGAAGGAGGAGAGAUACCAUCAACAUGAUUGUAAAGACUGAAGGAGACCUGGGAAGGACUUAUCAAUUACACUGAAUUUGCUGCAAGUUGGUCUUUGUGUGUGAGAGACAAGAAUCUGGAUUUUGAUAGAUGAGAAAUCCUUUGAAUUUGAUGUUAAUGGUGUGGGUCUUAAUUUUCUCAAGUACUCAUUUUGUAUUUAACUAGGAAUAAAUAAAGCAUAUAUUCUUUUGCCAGAGGGUCUUCUGAGCUUUACCAUUGCAAGAGAUGGGAAUAUACCACCCUCUAGUGUCACACAAUGAUUGUAUCACUUAUGUCCUGCUGAAUCAGAGCUUUUGUCAGUACUCCUAACAAUGGGACUUUUGGGCUCUCCUGUAAAUAUAGCAAAAAUGUGUACAUUUAACACAUCCAGUAAUGAUGGAUCUGUGCUACAGACUUCUGUUCUGUAUUGUCUCCAAAAGAGUUUCCACACCAAUUAUAUUUGUUAAAAAAUAUUAAUUAUCUUAAGUUAUUUUUCUUGUUUUCAUGUUUAGAGGGUCUUUACAGACAUGUCUUGUUUGCAAUGUUGUGUUAAACCCUAAUAUCAUUUAAAUCAAGUUUGUUUGUAUAGCUCUUAAAUCAUAUCCAAAUAUAUGUUCUUAAAAAUCCCACAUCAUUUUCUAUGAUUGAAAUCUAUCUAUGUGCAUGACCAUUAUUGUCACAGAAACAAUGAGCAGACAUGUAAAGCAAUGGUAGAAUCAUUAUUUUGGAGCACAUUUUCUGCUGCUUUUAGUUACUGAUAAUGGAGGCAUUGCCUUUCCUCACAGUUAUGGCUCAAACAGUGGGGUAUUUCUGCGUUGAACUAUAAUAUUUCAACCUGGUUUCACAGACUGUAAUGUAAUAAAUGAUCAUUCAUAAUGGAAAUAAAGAUUUAUGGACAGAUCAAA